AUGGCGUCACCGCGGCUGGAGACCUUCUGCUGCUCCAACCGGGACGCGGCCACCGAGCUGGUGGUCACCUUCCAGCCGCUCCUCUUUGGCGUUCUGACGGCAGUCAGCGCGGGAGUCAGCGCGCUCUUCGCCCUGCUGCAGAUCCUGCCCAAGAGGAAAGGCUACAGGCGGCUCGGACAGUAUCCGCUGCCCAGACCAGCCUCGUCGUCGCGGAUACUUUUCAUUAUCAGCGUCUGUGACAUUUUGGGAUGUGCAGGUAUUCUUUUGAGGUCUUCUCUAUGGGUGGGCCUUCCCAACGCAGUUGAACAAAUCUCUGUGGCCAACAGCACCGACGCUUGGCCGGACGUCCUCUGCCUUGGCAGCGCAAUGUGGAUCCAGUUGUUCUACAGCGCUUCCUUCUGGUGGACCUUUUGUUACGCAGUCGAUGUCUUUCUGGUGGUUAAGACAUCUGCGGGAAUCAGCACCAUUAUCCUGUACCACAUGAUCACAUGGGGUCUGGCUUUGCUGUUGUGUGUGGAGGGCGUGGCCAUGCUCUACUACCCCUCCAUCUCCAAUUGUGAGCAAGGCUUCCAGCACGCUAUCCCUCACUACGUCACCACGUACGCACCCAUGCUGUUAGUCCUCGUGGCCAACCCCAUCUUCUUCAAUCGCACCACCUCCGCGGUGACAUCGUUGCUGAAAGGACGUCAAGGGAUCUACACGGAAAACGAGCGCCGGCUAGCUAACGCUAUCAAAAUCCGCUUCUUUAAAAUCAUGCUAGUCUUCUGUAUUUGCUGGAUUCCCAACAUCCUCAAUGAGGGCCUCCUCUUCUACCUGGAAAUGCAGGUGAACAUUGGUGACAGCGGCCUAAGGAAUAUCAGGAAUGCUGCUCUUAUCACGUGGUUUAUCAUGGGGAUCCUGAACCCAAUGCAGGCCUUUCUCAACACGCUGGCAUUCCACGGCUGGACGGGUUUCGACGUGGACCUGAGCCUGCGAGGUCGCAGGGACCCGGUCUGGGAGUCGGCAUCCACGUCGGCUGCCAACGGAGGUGGACGCGACUCAAUGUUGGGCACGGCCCUGCUCUACCAGAGUCACGUGCAGGAGGCAAAGAAAAACAUGAACGGCAACGGGCAGCUGCAGUCCGACGCCAUCAGCGUCCUCUCAGAAGGUUCAGAAUCUAGCACAGUUGAAAUCCACAUAUCCAGCGAGCUACCAGACUAUGGCGAUAUAGAUGCUGAUGAGGAAUCCUUGGGGACGUCAGGGAAGCACUAG